UGACGAUGAACAAUGGAAAAAUAGAAAUCUAUCAAUCGAUUGGACCGCACACGAAGGAAAGGCCGCUCAAGAUGAAAAUGACUUUACGAAAAGUCCCCCGGGUCAUCGGGCGACCCUGCGCUCCUCGUGGCUUUUGCUUCUUCGCCCACCCUGCGAUUUUCAUCUAUUUCGCAGCCUCUCUUUCCAGCACCGGAAAUAAUUGCGUAGUAGAAGCUCUCGAGGCCGCGCAGCUGCACAAAGAUGACCCAGUGAAGAUAUCCUGAGUAAAAACGUUCCCACACCAGAGUCAGGAUGGGGAUUUUGCAACACAAGCCUAGGAGUUUUGUGAGUCACGCAUGACAAGUUGCGCUCUGCAGUGUAGUGCAGGUUAGCAAGUGCAGCCGUAUCACAGAUUCAUCUACUCAUCCUGUUCACAGCAUCACAAAUUCCAAAACACGACUCGAAAUGGCUCGCAUGGGGAUGCGCAUUCCAAGUCUUCCUGUCUUUGCAAAUCUGCAUUACAGCUCUGGUGUGGGGACGUUUUUACUCAGGAUAGAAGAACCCAGAUCUCUACGCGGGGGCCGGACUUCUACAGGAGCACGCAGUCUUAAAAAUGCAGCAACCGGAACAAGAUCAAGUGAAGAUGCGACGAAGACCGCAUAGGCAUAUGAUUGAGAAGCAGAAGCACCAGAACUACCCGCGGCUGCAAAUAAAUCCUGAUGAGCAUGAUCGUGACAGUCUUCUCGGCACUGGCGGCGGAGCAGGAAAAACAAUACCGUCAAGAACAAUAAACACCGAGUCAAUAUUUCAAAACAAGAAACAAGCAAGAGCAUCUUCAUCUUCUCCCCUUUCAACAUCUUCUGUCGUCGUAGCCGGGGACGCGGCCACAACAGGAGAACACCAGCAACUACAGGAACAAAGAGAAGAAUUUUUUUCACAAAAAAGUAAAAGAACAAGCAGUGGUCCUUCAAGUAUUCCUUUCUCCUCUAGUACUUCUUCGUCUUCCCGCAAGAACAGCAAAGAUGAAAAUGAAAAAGAUAGAACUCAUAUUAAGUUCUCCACCGCCAAAGCUGUUGCAGAAAAACAACAAGAAAUCCUGGUUGAUUUCGAGGACGGCACAACAAGCACUGCAACGACGGCCGGAGAAAUAGAGACGAAACGUGGUAGAAGCUUAACGUCAUCGCUGGUGAGAAGAGAAGAACAGGAACAAGUCGAGGAGGGCGGCAAGAACGACCAGCGACAGAUUCUGCUGGAAGAAAAACGAAGCGGGCUGCAUUUUUCCCGGCUGGACAUCGCAAAAAACGGCAAAAACGUGACCGUGACGCAAAAUAACGCGACACAACAGGCGGCUUUGAACCACGACACGAGCGCGAACAAAAGUGUGAACGAGACUGUGGAGGAGGGCAUAGAGGAGCUAGAAAAGCACCCCUUCACAAUGGCUGGUACAGAACUGUUUUCACAUCAAAUUACUCCGUCGUUUUACUACUUUCAGCACAAAUCGAAUCUGACUCUGUAGCGUAUUACAAGCCCUGCAUGGCUCUUCAUUCUUUUAGUUUUUGUUAUAGUAGCGUGUGAAAUAAAUCGUCGUGCAGUUGUCGUUUAAAAAUGCGGAAUUUUUGAAAAAAAUUUGGACAAAGCGCCUUCUUCACAUGAUUUGUCAGGUUUUAUUGUCGUCGACCUGGUCAUUUUUGGCGUAAUUAUCGCGUGCUGCUGCAGCAUCUUAUCCUGUGCAAGAGUAUCGAACUCGUAGUAUAUUUCAAUCUUGUAUCACCUGAAUCAUCUGCAUGAUUUGUUUUCGGAAAAAUUAUUUGUAAGCAUAUGUGCAAUUUACUACAAGCGCGAAGAUGCUUUUGCAAUGCAUACUUGUGUGUCUAUGCGUAUUGCCGGUCGCGACAAGACAUGCGAGACGAGGAAAAGGAAAUUCACCAGGCACUAACGGAAGCGAACGUGGAAAACCACUUCGCUGCAGCGGUAGCGGCCGGCGGAACGGAUGAGGCAGGGAAGAAGGGAAGUAUCAAAGAUGUUGAAGCUACAUUCAUUAUUGAGCUAUUCUUUUCUUUCUCUUUGCUUUUCCUUUUGCAGGCAAGCAUUACAGAAAAAUGGAGAUGAUCCUUUGUUCUUCAUGACCCUGAUAGUACCCAUGCAGUUCCAGUUUAUCGCACAUUUUAUGUUUCUUUGCCAUGCAUGAAGAAGAAGAGAACAACAAACUACUUACUUACCCCAGGUGGCAACAUUACCCACGAAGUCAUGGCUGAGGCUGCAUCGGUUUCAGAAGAUGGCGCCAGCAACCAUCCGGGAGACGCGGCUGGUGGUGCAGGGGCUUAUGCAUUGCAAGUAUGCCUGGAUUUGGAAGGUUGCGUGAGGAUUUGUAAUGCUGCACUUGCAUGCUCAUGCAGCAGCUGCAGAAGUCUGUAAUAAAAUGUAUUCUAUGCAUGUAAUGUGACGGAAGAGCCCUCCUGUCAGUUUUUCGUGUAAAUAAUACUCGAUCUCUUAUGCGGAUCGUGCUUGCACACCCACUCCAGCACCCCUGGAAUUUCUCAUGCUCGGCUGCGUACUGGAUUCAGCAGCUGUUCAUCCAUGUAUUAGCAUGACAAACCCAGACAGGUUUGCAUUUGAUACGGCUUCACCGGCAGCGACCGAGGGAGAUGGGGGGACGUGAAAGUUGGAGAAGAUUUCCUCGUAGUGGAUCGAAUCCCGAUAGGGACACGGAAGAAAAAAGGGGAAUGAAAUAAUAUGAGAAUGACUCUCUUAUUUGUGUUUUGACGUGACAACACUGUUCGUAUCAAUGUACUUACUCCCCCUGCUUCUUGUAUCCAAUCCUUGUAAAGAUAAAGAAUUGAUGAUGUGUUGUAAAAAUUGUGUAUGAUAACCGCCAGGCUCCCGUUCCAAGAAUGCAAAUGUUUGCUGGUUCUAG